CGGGUUCAAGUCAGACUUAUUUUAGGCACCGGUUCUGGAACUUGUAUAUAGCGCUACCAAUGAGCGAGUGCUGGUUAGUCUAGAGCCCAGUUCUUGUGUGUGUAGGGCGCUUGGCUGGACACAGGAGAGUUGAGGUUUACUUGUAAAUAGCCACACAACUGACUUUAUUUUCUUGUACCAAAACUUAACGUGACCGGAAUUUAAAAAAACAAAACAACAACAGGAAAUUUAUCGAUGUUGGGGAUCAAACUCUUGAAGUAGCCGGCACGGAAAUAGAUUGACGCGAGGCGGGCUAGUUGGAACAAGUUGGUGCAAAUCAAAACAACGAAUCAGCUGUUCGUGUCCCAUCUGCUCCACUUAUGAUGACGGCGGAAGAUGAGACAAGGUGGAUCUGACCAAUCAGCUGGCAGAUAACACAAACAAUGUCAGCCACUGACCACCACAACUGCACGCUGUAAUCUCGAGGCCCAUUGCUGUUUCCCUUACACCCCAGCCAGACCUGUGCUAGCAUGAAGAUGCCGGUCAUCUUCGUACAGGAGGCCCCAGCCGUCGUGUCAAGGCCAAGGUUAUCACCUGCGGCCAUGUUGGCCAAAAAGUUCCAGCAGAACUGGAUGGCCAAGCACCCGCAGGACACCUACCACAGCGGCGCUUGUCUGGACGACAGUCUGACCAGUUUGGGCUGGCUGCAGAACCUCAAGGUGUCUGAGAUCACCCAGCCCAGGCAGUCGUCUGCUUCCGGUUUGGAUAACAACCGAAACAUAAUAAAACAAGAACCACCUGGCUCACCUUCCAUCAUCUCCCCCCACAACUACCUGCACAAAAUGGAGCCUCGUCUUCAGGUGGGUGAUACGGCUCCUUCAGGUGUCUCACCCGACGGCAUAGACUAUAAGACUAACCCGUACGUUAAGCCGCCCUACUCAUACGCUAGCCUCAUUUGCAUGGCCAUGAAGGCGACCAGAAAAAAUAAAAUCACCCUGUCCUCCAUAUAUAACUGGAUUACUGACAAUUUCAUGUAUUACCGUCUCACAGACCCAAGUUGGCAGAAUUCUAUCCGCCACAACCUGUCCCUCAACAAAUGUUUCGAGAAAGUUGCCAGACGCAAGGACGAGCCGGGGAAAGGGGGGUUCUGGAGGAUCAACCCCCAGUACGGGGACUUGGUGGAGAACGGGGUCUUCAAGAAGAGAAGAGGGAGUAGAGACAACAUCCCAUCCCCGCCCAUGAAACGGUUCAAGGGGGACGAUGACGACUUCCUGUGUGUGGCGGGCAUGAAGAGCACGACAAGGGAAGACAAACUCCUUAGCAACGGAUCCUCGGACUUUAGCGUGGAUGACGACGACACGGAGAACUCUCUAACGCUGAAGGGAGAUUUCAACUGGACCACCAUCCUCAGCCAGGACAUUGAUAUCGGCGGGAGGAAGAUCAAAACGGAAGAGAUCCUUGACGAGGCGGACAACUCGCCCUUUCUGGCACUCAGCCCGCCCAGCUCUGAGACCAACUCGGACGACCUCGGUCUGGACGAGUUUUUCUCCCAGACUCACAGUUUCCCCGUCGAGAUGCCUCUGGACUUCCAGAGCAACGACCCCCUGGACCUGACCGUCCAAGGCACGACCAUCAAACCGCCGGACUGGUGGACGAUGGACAGCCACGACAAUCACAUCAACAACCACAUCAACAACCACGGGAACUGCCGGGGUUUGAACACCCCCAGGGCGCCAUCCCCCGACCCCGAACACGUCGACGCCAUGUGGGGGGACAGCCUGGGUCUGAACUCAUCUGGGAACCAGUUCGAUCUGGACAAGUUGUUUGAAUUUAAGUUCGAUGUGCCGAGUCCAUGAUGACGUUGGCUUUAGGCCUUGUUAAAAAUUUUUUUUUUACACAAGUAUCAGCUGCUCAGCAGGCUUCACAUCACCGAAAUAUGUCCAUUGUGUACGAUGGUUGAAUGUAGAACAUUCACUACCUACCAACGUUCAGUUCGUGUGUCCAAGCCUCCAAUUGGCAGUCACGUGAUCUACCCGCCCACCUCCUCUCAAGGUGGGGAUUGCACAGGUAGACACACCUUGCACACACACGAUAUACACAUUGUGCACCCACACAUAUACACACGCCAAAUCCUGUCGAUUGACACGCGGUUGGUUAGGAUGUGUCGAUUACCGUAUGCAGUAUUAAUUUCUCAUACCACAUAAGAAGACAACUCAAACUCCAGAACAUUGUCUAUUAAAAGCAGACUUAU